AAUGACCAAUGGCGAGCCAAAUUGUCUGACUACGGAACAGCAAAAUUUGUGGCAGAGAUUAUGACAAAAUGGCCAGGAGCCAUGAUCUACGCUGCGCCCGAAUCGGGCAGUUCCGAUUACCAAAAAGAGGUGGGUUUAUCCUACUUAGUUAUCAGUCUUGGUAAACGCCCGUACGCGAGGCAUUAAUUCAUUGCACACUGAAAGAAAUAAACAUUAUUGAUUACAGCUUUGUUAUGCAAGAAUUCUUCAAAACCUGAGCCAAAAAGACACGAAUUAUCAUUUUUUUUGCCCAUGGUUAUAAUCCCCAGUGAAGUAUUGUCCGUCACAGCACGAACUUGAAAAAUUGGUUUGGUGCGACCCUGGCGACUGAAUUAUAAAAGGGAUAGGUCUUCGGUUGACUGACUGUAGAAUAGAUCACCUGCACUUAAUACUAUUGGUUAACCCGAAUAUCAGGCCUACUGAAGUGCCUACCGAAGUUUAAGGAGGGAUAUUUGACAGACGAAGGAGGCGGGUGCAUGUGUAUGUGGGAGUGCUGUAGGCUCUCUUCCCUGGCCCUUCCUGUCGUCUUCCCUCUUUCCUAAUAGCAAUUUUAGCCUGGUGCUGCCGAUUGACCUUAUUUUAAAUCAAAAUUAAAAUUUUUGCACGGUUACGAACAUGAGAGAAUAAGCAAACAGACAUGACACUAAAUAAAUAGACAAAUAAAUGAAUAAAUACAUAAAUGAACAAAGAGAGAAAAAAGAAAAAAUAGCGAGAUCCUAAAGGGGAAAGUGCAAAGGGGACCCUUUGAGACAUACAAGGCGCCGCCUUUAUAUCAGAUAAUCAGUUAUUAUGAGGCCAGGUUACGCCCUGCGCAUAAGGUUCCCUCGAAAUUACUUAAGUAUUGGAUUAUCGAAUACCCGGAUGACCCCCAACCAUUUGCUGGGAAACUGGCGCUAACAAGCCGCAUAGAAUUAUUUAUUUCCCGGGUGGGGUGAGUUUAUACAAUAACAUAGAACAUAAAUAUCCAAAGUGUACCGAGAUAGAGAAUUAUAGCCGCAUUAAAAUUCUCCAAUGAGGAAUUUCUUUCCUAGAUUGACGUUUACAGUUUCGGGGUACUUUUGACGGAAAUGUGCCUUAAGAAUGAGCUGCCCAAUCCUGAACGGCGCGAGGAACAAGUAAGGCGUGUGGAAAACAAGGAGUUUGGAAGUAUAAUCUUUUGGUGCAUUGAGGAUGAUCCUAAAGACCGACCCACCAUGACGGAGGUUAUCAAGGAACUGAAGCAGCUGCUUUAAUUACUGCAUAUGAUUUUCACUUAUUAUAUUAUGACUUAAUUAGAGGGUGCCAUAUUUUUAAUGGGGUUAGCAGUUAACUGAUAUUUGGCUAGAAAUCAAUAGUUAACUGAUAAUUGGCCAGAAAAUUAAUAGUUAACUCAUAAAUGAAAAGUUACCAGUUAAGUGAUAUUCUAUUAAUUUUACUGAAUACGAUCGUUGAUGUCAAGGAAACAACAAAGUUUUCCAAACACAAAUGCUGUUUUCUGACUUCGUUUUCUGUCCCGCUGAUGACCCGGUGGCACAUUUACUGAUAUUACCAUAUGCAAAAGGCACCAGGGGGCCGUUUCUCGGAAGUCCCGGUAACUUUUCGGGCCCGAAAUCAAAUAUCGAAAUCGAAAUAUAAAGAAUAAAAGCG